AAAACUAUGCUAACAUGGAUGAAAUACUACAUCCAGUCUGUGGAUAUAGUUGGUAAAUGGAGUCAUACUGAGGCUGUCUGCUCUAAUUUUGAGCAGAGACUUGGGGUUUGGCUUUGGAUUUUGGUACAAGUUCUUACAUCCAUUAAUGUCUACAGUGCCAGAACUUGUUUGAGUUCUUGCCUGGUUCUAGAUGGUGACCUCAAUUCCACACUGUGACUUCAGUAGUGGAUGUUCACAGAGGAAGAUUUUGCAUUGAAUAAGUUCAACCGUCGUGAGUACCUUCUAGAAAAAGGCAUUAACCCUGGAGUCAGAUGCUAGCACUAACCUCGAACUCAGCAUCUACUGGUUGUUAAAGGAACUGUUUGACACUUUGUGUUUUUUAGAUCUGUUUCAGUGAACUGCAUGUAUAUUUCAGGGAUGGAACUCGACUGUUUCAGUAUUAAAUCAUGUAAACUAAAAGAAGUUUUGCAAAAAAAAAAAGUUCAAAAUUGUAUGUGUAACUCGAGUUGAAGUGAUUUAUCUGUAUGUAGAUUUUGGCUGUUUUUGUGAACAUGUUGUGAAAGAAGGUCUUGCAUCAUCGUAAGAUCUAAGCGUAUUAAUGUUCUUGUGUAAACUGUAAAUCACAAUUGAAGAGGUUCUAAAUGUUUAUUUUACACACUAUUGUUAAGUUUUCCUCUGAACCUGAGUCUGGUAGGUGGUAGGCCAUCGAGCGUGACUAUUGUUUACAUGACAUGUAUUUUACUAGCUGUUUAUUUUGCAUAUUAACGAUUUCAUUAUUUGUACUUAAUUGAGAUUCCUUGUGUGUAAACAACCACAAGAUGCCUAUCGAGGAAACUUUUUUUAAAGGUCCAAAUAUCUUUAUUAUGUUUGGGUGAUUACAUAAUUUAAGUGCAUUUAUUAUACUGAUUUUGAUAAUGUGGGUCCAGCUGUUGAUUUGGUUUGUUGUGAAACUGUUUGCUUACUAUUUUUGGUAGUCAUAAUGCCAGUUAAUAAAAAAAAAAACAUGAAUAGUUCCUAAGUCCAGUAUAGCUCACCAUGUGUUACUGUGUUGCUACUACUUGUUACUGUGUGCACAAAGAAAAAAAUAUAUUAAUGAAUCCCGAUCAAGUUAGUCAGAAGGACAGGUCAGCCUUACUGGCUGUAAUUUCAUUUUGGAAAUUCAGAAAGAACAAAAAAGUGCUGGAAGUACUGCAGUGCCCUCUCAUGGAGACCUAGUGAUCCUACAGGUCAGUAAAUCACUCCCCAGGUUUCAAUAAAACUAUAGCAGUAUAAUACACUUCCCUAAAAUACACUUAAUUAACAUUUACCCCAAAUGCAGUUAAUGAGCCAAGGCAUGUUUGGUGUCUAAUGUUUGCUUCUUUUUUCUUUACUGAAGCUAUGAGGCUAAAUUUGCUAUAACGUAAAGUAUUGUAAGGUGCUAUGAUGCUUUCAUACUUGGCUUUUUAGCUUAUUUUUUCCUCAUGAAAAAAAAAAAAGUUUUGCAAAGCACAUUUUUUGCUUAUAUUAAAAAUAAACCAAUAAAUAAAUAAAUAAAACUAACGCUACAUGCAAAAUUUUCAUUUGUUGGUAAAUUGAUAGUCUUUAAUUGAAGCAUUAUCCCUUGAAUAAACUAAACUCAUUACUAGACUUCUUUCAUUCUUGUUGUUGUAUCUUUUUUCCUUUUAAUUUUUGGUCUAAGACAGAAAGAUGUAUAGUGUUUUACAGGCUGUAAUUUGAUUUUUUUGUAAGUUGUAAAUUGCAAAGAAUAAUCACCCAGAUUAGAUUAUUUCCUGUUAUCACUUAGGUUACAGCAGAUAUAAGUAGUCAUUUUCUGAUUUUCUCUUGAAGUUAAUAAGACAAAAAAGCAGCUUGUCAUGUUUAAUAAAACUGCAAAGCACAAACUCCACUGUCCUGAAAACCUUCCAGUGACAGAAAACUUAGUUACAGCUUUAAUUCCGACUGUUACAAAGCACUGACGCUGGAGACUCCUUUCGGCAAUGUAAAUAAAUAUCUCUUUACAGAAAACUUGACAGUGUUAUUUUAAUUCAGUCCUUAUUAGACUAUCAUUAUUCGAUUAUGUGGCGCAUCUGCCUCCUCUGUCAUUUGUAAAAGAUCUUGCUACAGCAGCACUUCUGUAAAAUUUCCAUUAUUGGGUGUAAUAACUGGUGUAAUGCUGGCACUUUAGUAUGAACUGAGCUAAUUGUGGAAGGUUUUUUUCCCAUUUUCUCAGAAUAAAAUCCACAUUUUGACACAGAGCACAAAGCCUAGUUUUAUUUGUGUGCUCCAGUGUUUGUUGUGUGUAUGAAAUAUUAGAAGAAUUUCAGUGAAAUUAGUUUUGUCUGUGUGUGUGUGUGUGUGUGUGUGUGUGAGAGUAUGUGUUUGAGAGUGAAAAUGAGAAAAAUAUAUAUUUCUCUUGAGCUGAUGUAAUAGAAGAGACCAUGUGAUGUGAAGCUUUCCUUCAUGUGACCGAAGAAGAGGAUCGGCAAAAGGAACAUCACAAAUACUUUUUUGUGUUUAGACUCCAUUCAGUCCAGAAGGUGCAGUUUCUGACUUUCUAUCUUUCCCUGUCUAGCUUCUUCUCUCUUAUGUUUCUGAUGUGUGAGGUAAAGGUAUGGGCUUCCGAUCAACUAUCUAAAACGAUCACAGCAGGAAUCACCAGACAAUUCUACUUAUAGCAUCAAUUCCUAUUCAACAUAUUCUCACCAGAAAAGGGAGAUAAAUCCAGGCAUUACAUUCUCCGCUGGCUUUUCAUUUUCUUUCUUCUUCAAGGACUGACUCAGAGAAAAAUUCAGGAUGCAGACCAUUCAGACUACAGAGACACAGUUUCCCUUGUUGCGAGAGAUCUUCUACCCUUCUCCUUUCAGCCAUCAAGAGGGAGAUAGGAGAAAGAGCAGCCUUACAAGCCUCAUCAGAAAACAAAAACAGCUACAGAAAGGGUCUAAUUCAAAAUCCCAGUCAUGUGCAGCUUUACCGGGUCAAGCUGAGCAUCCCCGGUUUGGCCGGUCAUCCAGCAUCCCGGGAUGCAAAUCACCAAAUCAGUCUUAUGACCAGUUGAGAGAAAGGAAUCAAGAGGGAGAGAGAGAAAAUGCAAAAGAGAUAGAUGAAGAACCACCCCCCUUCAUGUCUUCCGUCAUAGCGUCACAGGUUACAUCAUCGCAACAGCUGCUCCCAACCACAGAGAGAGAGAGUGAAGGAUUACAGUGUGAGGGACAGAGAAAGCCAGAUAGUGUGGAGCAAAAAUGGGAGGGAGAGGCUAAGCAGCAGAGGCAGAAAGAGCAGGCAUGUCAACCAGAGAAUACUCGCUCUCGGCGUGGCCUGAUCACUAAAGGGGUUUGCUUCCUGAGGAACAUGGGUAACCAGGAAGCCAAGCAGAGGAAGGCAGAUGCAUCCAGGGCAGAGGGCAUCACAGACAAGCAUGGAUUUGAUUGCAAAGAUGCAGAGGGCUCCAGAAAGAUAAAGAAGUCUCAGGACAAAGUCAGGAAAUCAUCUGCUGAUUUGGCUGAGAAGAAGUCCAAGACUGAGAGCUCUAAGAGUUCUGUCUUUUCCAACAUCCAAAUCCGGAAGGGAUUGUCCCGGAAGGCUGCAUCCAGAAAUGAUGUGGGGAAUAAAGGAAAUAAUUGCGGAAGUGGUGUUGGUGAUGGAACCAUUUCAAAGGAGGAUCUAGAAGGCUUUACACUUUACAGUGAUCCACAAAAGAGUAGGCAGAUUCCAGGAAGUAGACAGCCAUCUGUGGAUAUGGGUUUGGAAGACAGGAUGAGGGAGAGCAGCAAGUCUGGAUCUGACACUGAUCUCUGCAGCUUCCAUUCAGCCUCUGAGAAUCAAGAUAUAUUGACAGAUAUCCAGAGGACCAUCAGACUGGAGCAGUGGGGCAGUGAAGUAGGCGGACAAGGAUGGACAGAAACAGGGAAAUCUGAGAUCAUCCAGGACCUGGAGAUUAGAGUAAAGAGUAAAAAUGAACCUCAGGAAAAUGAGACUGUUGGAGCUUCUUUGUCUUUAGCUGCAGAAGCAGAUGUACCAAAUACGCCUCCUUCUUCCUUUGCUAAUUUUGCUGAUGGAAAAACUGAAACCUCUGAAAAUAGACCAAGAAGCCAUAGUAUUCAGAGUCCAAGUGUCACAAAGAUAUUACAUAACCAUGUAGUGGCACCUGUCACCAAAACAGGAAGUGGCUUCCACAUUCAGAAUACUAUGAUGACUAUUACCAAAACAGAAAGCAGCCAAAGCAUUCAGGCAAAUUUAAGCAAAGAAACCAGUAGUGUGAGCAUCCUGGACACCUCAACAACCAGCACGUCCUACGGGAGUGCCGAGGAGCAUCUGGAAGAAGGUUCAUCUCUCUCAUCCCCAAUUGAGGAGGGUCUCCAGCGAAACAGCAGCCUGACUCAGAGUUUGAAUAUCAGCCCUGACUCAAUCGAGCUGCUUACUGACCUCAGAGUUGACCCAGGAACAAUGGUCAGGCAGGUAACUUUCAUGCCACAGAAGAGUGUCAGCACUGUGGAUCUUAUUAUGGCACCUUGUGAGGAACAUGAUAUCUUCAUGGAGAAGACAAGGCCAAGCGGUCCUGCCCAGAAAAGGAGGAAAAGUACUGGCACUUCUUUUACCCCGUGGUUGUCAGAGAGCAUUGUGGAUCCAGGCUCACAACAUCGCAGAACCUCGAGUUCUGGGGUCAAACCGUACCCUACCAUCCAGCCAUCUUAUGUGAAGACAACUACGAGGCAGUUGUCUUCUCCUCCACACUCACCCUGUGCCACUCCUGCUCCAAGCCCCAUGUGUCCACGCAAACUUAGCCAAGACCUUAGCUUGAGUCAGGGGUCAUUCAGAGCUGAGCGGUGGAGGACACACAGACAGCGCUCCUGUAGCAUUGCCAGCCCAGCAGGUUUUGAUGGUAGCUGGUAUCAGGCUUUAGACGGGUGUUCUGAUCUUUUACAAAGAGAAUUCCACACUUUCAGAAAUCAGCAAUCAUCUUCCUGUUUACAGGCAACUGCCAGAACCACAUUUCAAGAUGUAUUCUUAGGUCGUUCUCUGUCAGAAAGGUUCUCUGCAGCUGAUACUGACAUUGAUAGUGAAGAAGCUGAGAAGAUUUGUUCACGGUUUCUGGCUUUGGGAAUACUUCAGCCCUUCAAUGACUGCCUCAGAAAGCCAGUCACAGGAAGUGAUGCAGUCGACAAGCCUGGUUUUAAUAAGGAGCAGUUGUACACAUGGGCUCCACUUGGUCUGCCUGAGGCACGGGCACCAGGGCGAUUACAAACCCUCUGGCCUCCAGCCUCUACUACCGCCCAGAACAAGUCCACUGUUCCGGAUCGGAAUUCUCUAUCAAUUGAUGAGCUGGAGAGAACGAUCAAGGAGUUAAGAGAGAAGAUACAAUAUCUGGAGCAAGGCCGCAGACCUCUGAACGCCUCUGAGGAAAUAUUGACAGGAACGGUGACAGAUGGUGUUAAUCUUGGUCAAGUGUUUAAAAAAAUCACUGAACGAAUGUCUGCUUACGAGGCGAGGUCGGUCCAAACCUCUCCCAUCGAGGAGGACUUCAAGUUUACAGUGCCUUUAUCUGAUCAGUCAGGAGCUUGUGAUUUAAUUGACAGCACCACCUCAUCAGUGGUACAGCUACAUAAAUGCCAAAGACCACAGCAGAAGGGUACAACACAAACCCUUCCAUCUCCUCCACCUCCUAUUAUGACUGGUCCAGCUGUAUCCUCAGCUUCUCCACUGCUGCCCCCAACUUCGGGACCAAUCGAGUCAGUAGUACAACCUCCUCCACAUCCACCACCUCCUUGCCCUCAGCCUACAUCUGUUAAACCCCUGGUGAAGGCCCCACCCCCUCCCCCACUUCCACCACCUUCUACAAGCUUCGGACCCCCACCCCCACCACCACCUUCUUCAAGCUUUGGACCUCCACCUUCACCAUCUCUUCCAGGCUUUGGACCUCCACCUCCACCACCUCUUUCAGGCAUUGGACCUCCACUUCCAAUACCUCCUCCAGGCUUUGGACCUCCACCUCCACCACCUCUUCCGAGCUUUGGACCUCCACCUCCACCACCUCUUCCAGGCUUUGGACCUCCACUUCCACCACCUCUUCCAGGCUUUGGACCUCCACCUCCACCACCUCUUCCAGGCUUUGGACCUCCACCUCCACCACCUCUUCCAGGUUUUGGACCUCCACCUCCACCACCUCCUACUGGCUUUGGACCUCCACCUCCACCACCUCCUCCUGGGUGUGGACCUGUUCCUCCACCUUCUCUCAGGUUGAUGUCAGUGGGUUCAUCUCAGGACUCUGUCCCUUUGAAGGCAGUCAUAGAGCCUCCACGACCCAUGAAGCCUUUAUACUGGACCAGAAUACAGCUGCAUGCCAAAAAAGAACCAAACACACACCUGGUAUGGGAGAAGGUGGAGGAGCCACAUGUUGACUUUGAAGAUUUUGUUGAGCUUUUUGCCAAAAGUGCAGUGAAAGAGAAGAAGAAGCCAAUCUCUGAUACCAUCUCCAAAUCCAAGACUAAACAGGUAGUGAAGGUUUUGAGUAAUAAGCGUUCCCAGGCUGUAGGAAUCCUGAUGUCCAGUCUGCAUUUGGACAUGAAGGACAUUCAGCAUGCCAUCUUGAACAUGGACAACACCGUGGUGGACCUGGAGACCCUUCAGGCGCUGUAUGAAAACAGAGCGCAGAGAGAGGAAAUGGAUCAGAUCAAGAGACACAUCAAGUCCAGCGUGGAGAAGGAGAACGCCAAACCGCUAGACAAGCCUGAGCAGUUCCUGCUGCAGCUGUCGGAGGUUCCUCAGUUCUCAGAGAGAGUUUUCUGCAUCCUGGUUCAGUCCACGUUCACCGAGAGCAUCAGCUCUGUACAGAGGAAGAUCAGCCUGCUGCAGAGAGUGUGCACGGCUCUGAGACGGAAUGAAGAUGUGUUGCAGGUUCUCGGUCUAGUUCUCGCAUUCGGGAACUUCAUGAACGGAGGGAACAGGAGUCGCGGACAAGCAGACGGCUUCACCCUCGAUGUCCUGCCCAAGCUCAAAGACGUUAAGAGCAGUGAUAACUCCCGGAGUCUCCUCUCCUUCAUCGUUGCUUACUAUCUGCGACACUUUGAUGAGGAUGCAGGCCAAGACACAUGUGUGUACCCUUUGCCGGAGCCACAGGACCUUUUCCAGGCGUCGCAGAUGAAGUUCGAUGAUUUCCGGCGCGACCUGUGCAAACUACACAAAGAUCUAAAUGCUUGUUCGUCCGAGACAGAGAAAGUGUGUGUUAUGUCUUCAGAUGAACAUCUACAGCCCUUUAAGGACAAAAUGGAGGAGUUCCUUUCUCAGGCCAGGACAGAGCUGGAGGCUCAGGAAAAACAGCUCACUGAAACACAGAAAAGCUUCCUGGAGCUGAGUGCAUUUUUCUCAGUGAAACCUAAAGGAGAGGAAAAGGAGGUGUCACCAAACACGUUCUUCUCUGUGUGGUACGAGUUCUCCUCCGACUUUAAAGACCUGUGGAAAAGAGAGAACAAACUUCUACUGAAGGAACGGUUAAAAGCAGCCGAAGAGACGAUCAGACAGACACGAGAAAGAGCGGCCUACACCGUCAAACCCAAACACGCCUCCGGAAUGAAAGCCAAACUGGGGCAGAAGAUCUGAAGCUUUGAUCUGAAGCUGUUAAACAUUUUCUGUCCUGAUUAAAUGCAUGCUGAGCUAGAUCAUUAGCCGUUGAGCUGAAUCAGCAGUCAGACCAAACUGGAAUGAGAAACACUGACCUGUGAAGCGAAUGACAAUAAGAGUGUAGCCAUUUUAUAAAGUAAAGUCACAAUGAACUCUUAUUAAUAAACUUUUUCUCAGAGCUAGAAAUCUGCAAAAGCAGUUGAUGUGGUUUUUUUUUUAUUCUUCUUUUUUUUUCACCAAUUUAUCACUUCUGCUGAAACUGUACACUGGAACUUUGUUAUUUAUGAUGGGAAGACAAUAAAAAUGUCUGGCAUGUUGCUCGCACAUUCAUAAAAUGAAGCGUUUUGUUUUACUACAGUUCUUACUCAUUUCGCUAAUCUCACUUGGUUUAGCUAAUCGUUUGAAAAGGAAGUCCUUCAGUUUGUUUUAGACUAACAUCCCUACAGUCACAUUGGGAAGCACUGGUUAAAGACAAUACUUAAACAGCUAAAACUAUUUAUCAAGUCAUUAUGAACAUGGUGGUCAAAUAUUCAAAAAGUACAUUUAAACAAACAAAAUAUGCAUUAACAUUAACACUUUAUCAAAUCAAUAGAAAAUAUACAUAUCUAUAGUCCUAAAUAUAGUCGUGGAAGUGUUCAUGUGUAACAUACUAGAUAAGAAACCUUCUGAAUGAAUGGAAUAUUAGAUAUUAUAUACUGUAUAGCUUUUUAUAUUAUACCGUAGCCCUGUUAAAUUCUCAAAUCUGAUUGGUCAGAAGGUGUUGAUUCAAUUUCUAUAAAAACAGCUCUGACAGAAGCACAGCUGUAAUCCAAAUCACAGGUUUAUUUUAAUCUGUUUGUUUCUAUAGUCACUAAUACAAGUAACUAAUUCAUGAAGAGAGAAAAAAUAGAGACUUUUGAGAGAAAAACUGUUUACUGCUUUGAUGUACAUGUAAACAGGAAGUAACUUGUUUCGUGGAUGUUCCACAACAUAAAAUGUAGCUAUAAAUGGAUAAAAUGUAUAAUGUCAUUCUUUAAUAAAUUUAAAAUACAUAAUUGCUGUUGUAUAAGAAGAAUAAUAUACUUUGGGAUGUGCUGUUAUUGGAAAAUAAUCAGCUGCAGUGUGGGAACAGUAACUAUGGGUCAUCACACCACGCUGUCUUAACAUAUUAGUAUUUUCACUUUCCGUUCGCACUACAAUAAAGAAUGUUCUCAAACAGCUUUUCUGCAUUUAUGUACAUUUUGUAACAAACAUUAAAAAAGGUCAAAUGCCCUUCUUGCUGGUGUCUUCCAAAAAUCAAUCUGAAUAUGUUACCUCCCCUUAAAAAAAAAAAGAAAUAAUUAGGCCUAUUGUCUAAUUGGUGUAAAUCAUGUAAAUAUUACAUGCUUUUCAGUUUAAUAAUGUGUUUUCUAUAAACCUGAGAACAUAAGCAGAAUAACAUUAAGCUGUAUUUAUUUUAUUAAAUUAACCUUGCUUUUUUUGUUUUUUAAAACUUUUUUUUUUUUCAUUUUUGAAGCUAAAAGAUUUACAAAUAGAAUCCAUGUAAAGAUAUCAACGUUGUAUUGAAUACAGCACAGACCCAAAGUGAAAGCAAUAUUAAUAUUGUUCAUUUCUGCAGCAGGAGUGUGCAUCUGAUUCUUAAUUUAUUUUUGUAAAUACAUGCGAUUCUCAUUUUCCAAUUUUUCUGAAGCCUUGACUAGCUGAAUGUUGAAUUAGGACUUUUUAUAAACAGUAAAACUAAUAAUGAACAGUCAAGGUAAGGCAGUGUUAUCAACAAAGAGCAUCAAGGAUCUUCCUAUAAAGUACAUCAGGGUGAGAGUACAUGGCUGGAAACUACUGGAAUAUAUUUUGGGGAAUAAUUGCUAAAGUAGAUGUUGCCAUGUGCUGUGUUGGUUAAUGGCUUUGACACGUCCAUACAUUUGUCCUGUGGUAUAUACACAAUGUACACAAUGUG